AUGUGUGGUAUUUGUUGCGUUGUUACCUUGUGUAGGCAGCAUGCUAUUCAUGGUUUCUUUAACGAAGACAUACUCUGCCAUCUUAGAAGAAGAGGACCAGAUAGUAGCCAGCAGUUGAUAAAAACUCUGCCUGAUCUCCCUUACGAGUGCCUGUUUUCUGGCCACGUACUUCACUUAAGAGGACUGGUGACUCCUCAGCCUCUGCAAAAUGCCAAUAGCAGUAUUUUUCUUUGGAAUGGAGAAAUAUUUGAUGGAGUGCAUGUAGGAGAUCUAGAGAAUGACACCGAAGUUAUGUUUCAUCAUCUUGCAUUAUGCAGUAGUGAAGAGGACAUGUUAUCACUAUUUUCAUCAGUUCGGGGCCCAUGGUCUUUUAUUUAUUAUCAAGCAUCUAGACACACUUUAUGGUUUGGUAGAGAUUAUUUUGGUCGCCGUAGUUUGCUUUGGCAAUGCAGUAAUGAGGUCAACAGUGCUUUCUGUCUUACAUCUGUAAGUGCUUAUUCUGAAUCAGGUCACCAAUGGCAAGAAGUCCCAGCAUCUGGAAUUUUCAAAAUCGAUCUCAAAGCUUGCACAGCAACUAAAUCUUGGUCUUUAACAUUGUUUCCAUGGAAGUACAGCUGCACAGAGAAAGCAGUAGAAGAAAUACUCAUUAAUGUUCUGGACCAAGUUUCAAAGGACUUACCAAACCACAUGCGUGUUGUGAUGAAUGAAUCAAAACUAUGUCUCAGAGCACCAGUUAUCCCCUUAAAUAAAACAAUUUCUGAAGCUUCAGGUCAAUGUCCAGGCACUAAUGCUAGCAACAUUACUCAUACGGUUUCUGUAGAAACCCUUCAAGGAUUUCUUGCAGAGGAGCACAAGAAAAAGUUAAUUUGUCAGUUUAUUGAUGUUUUAAAUGAAGCAGUAAAGAGACGGGUUUUAUCUCUCAUUAGAGCUGAAGAUCAGGAAACAAGAGAAGUUCCAAGCAUGUCUAACAGAAAAGCACAUAUUGCAGUGCUCUUUUCUGGUGGCAUUGAUUCCAUGGUUAUUGCAGCCCUUGCUGAUAAACAUGUACCUUUGGAGGAACCAAUAGAUCUUCUCAAUGUAGCUUUCAUGCUGAAAGAACAAGCUAAGCAAAGGGGUACCUCUAAAAACCAUACCAACGGGGAGGUACAGCUUGAUCUGCCGUGUCCUCAAGAGAGUCGUCAAGACCUUGAUGCUAAAACUCGUGCUUGUUUCUCUUGUUUUGAUGUUCCUGACAGAAUCACUGGUAGGGCAGGACUGAAAGAAUUAGAGGCCAUUAACCCUUCAAGAACCUGGAACUUUGUGGAGAUCAAUGUUACACCAGAAGAGUUGAAAAAAAUGCGACAACAACGCAUUAAUCACUUAAUUUAUCCACUGAAUACAGUCUUGGAUGACAGCAUUGGCUGUGCAAUUUGGUUUGCUUCCAGAGGGGAGGGUUUUAUUAGUAACCAAGGAGAGCUGAAACCAUAUAGAAGUCCUGCAAAGGUUGUGCUUACAGGCAUUGGAGCAGAUGAACAGCUUGCUGGCUAUUCUCGACACCGUGUUUGCUUCAAAAAAUAUGGCUUCAAGGGUCUGAAUGAAGAACUUGAAAUGGAGUUAGAUCGCAUUUCUUCCAGAAAUCUUGGUAGAGAUGAUAGAAUUAUUGGUGACCAUGGAAAAGAAGCCAGGUUUCCUUUUCUUGAUGAAGAUGUUGUUUCAUUCCUCAGUUCUCUGCCCAUCUGGGAAAAAGCUGACUUGACUUUACCUCGAGGAAUUGGUGAGAAGUUGCUUCUUCGUCUUGCAGCCAAGGAGUUUGGCCUCACAGCCUCAACCAUUUUGCCAAAAAGAGCUGUACAGUUUGGAUCUCGGAUUGCAAAGCUAGAAAGCAACAGUGAGAAAGCAUCUGACACAUGCAGCAGACUGAAGUAAUUUUCAGUAGAUGAACUAUAAAGCUACGUCUUGAGAUGCUGCAUUUAUUCUGUAUACAAUUUCAGUAAAUCUUUUGGAGGUUUCUUAAAA